AUGGACGGCAAAGUAGCAGUAAUUGCAGGGGGUUCUGCUGGGCUUGGGUGUGAGUUAGCAUCACAGCUGGUGCAAGCUGGUGCUGAUGUUAUCAUUCUGGCUCGCAAUCGCGAACGCCUAGAGGCCACGGAGCAAGAAUUACUCGCCCUCCAAGUUCGGAAAAACCAAAAGAUCUGCGGAAGAUCAGUUGACCUUACGGAUUAUUCGCAGAUUGAAGCGUUUGCUCAAUCGCUUGAUGUUUCCCCUGGAUAUGUCUUUUGCGUAGCUGGUGGUUGCGCUGAAGAAGUUGGCUUUUUUGCCGAUAUUUCAUCGCGGGACAUCGUGUCUUGUUUCGAGAAGAACUACUUCUCAUCCGCGUUUGUCGCCCAUGCCUUCAUUCGGCAGUGGAUCAACCAGCCCAAAAGGUCAGAGCCCAGGCAUCUGAUAUUCACAGGGUCAACUGCUGCUUUCAUCGCAAUCCCAGGCUAUGCGGCAUACACUCCGACUAAAACAGCACUCAGAGCACUGGCUGAUACCCUUCGCCAAGAGGUGUUGAUGUACGAAUCGCACGUCAACAUCCAAGUCCACUGUUCCUUUCCAGGGACUAUUUUUACCGAGACAUUCGAAAAGGAGCAGCAGAAAAAGCCGGAUCUCUGCAAGGAGAUUGAGGGCUCGGAUGAUGAGAAAAAUGGCAUGACUUCCUAUGCAGUGGCCAAAGGUAUCAUUGACGGUCUCAAGAAAAACCAAUAUUUUAUUGCUCUAGACAUGCAGACAAGGCUGUUGCUAAACAAUAUGCGAGGGCCAAGUCCAGCAGAGUCUUACGUAUGGGAUUGGCUCUUGUGCAUAGCGGCAUCGGUCGUAUGGCCGAUUUUCCGUCGUAUCUUCGACAGAAAAACAAGGAUAUAUGGAAGAGAAAGGGUGCAGAAAUCUCGAGAGUAG